CUUUCGGAAUAAAAAGGACUGAUGGGGAAAAGGAUGGCCGAGGGAGCAUCUGCUGCAUUUUUGGAUUCUUCGCUGCGGGAUUUCCCACUGCCAGGAUAAGGAACAACAUAAGGCAAGGAUUACAGCUCCUGUGAGACCCCCUCUACGCCUUGGACAAGUAACGUAGCAGAGGGUGAUGAUGUCAAACCUUUUACACCAGAACAAGCCAAAGAAAUUGUAAUGUCUCUUCAGAAACCAGCGGUCUUCUGCAACAUGGCUUUUGAUUGGCCAGUUCUUCAUUGGAAUGUUACAUAUCUUGCCAAGCUAUUGGCUGGAAAGAGAAUACAUUUUAGAUUUGGAAAGAAGGACAUGGACACAGCUCCUCUGUUUGAAACAGAGUGCAGUUAUGUGGAGGCAACGCUUGAAGAAUUUCUGGCCUGGACUGGAAGGCAGACUUCUUGCUCUUCUGGACCAUUCAGUGGUUAUGAUUUGUGUAAAUACUGGACUUACGCUGACUAUAAGUAUAUCGCUCAGCUAUUAGAAGACAAGCCAGAAAAUUUCCAGGACAUAAGAUGGUCUGACUUUGGAUUUUCUGGAAGAAAUGGAAGGGAGAGUACUCUGUGGAUUGGCACAGCAGGAGCAAACACUCCUUGCCAUUUGGACUCCUAUGGCUGCAACUUAGUGCUGCAAGUGCAAGGAAGGAAAAGGUGGCAUCUCUACCCACCGGAAGACUCCGGUUGCCUUUAUCCUACCAGAAUCCCCUAUGAAGAAUCCAGUGUGUUCAGCAGAGUCAAUGUAGUCAAUCCUGACCUGAAAAGCUAUCCACAGUUCAAGAAAGCACAGGCCCAUGUGAUUACACUUGAUCCCGGCCAGGUCCUGUUUGUUCCCAGACACUGGUGGCAUUAUGUAGAAUCCAUUGACCCCAUCACUGUUAGCAUAAAUUCGUGGAUUGAACUGGAUGCAGAUCAUGAAGCCCGUAUAGAAGAGGCAAUAACUCGAACGCUGAUAUGUGCAAUCAAACCUGCAGAAGACCCUGGUGCUUCAGAUUCCUGGCUCAACCCCACAGAGGCUGAAGUAACAUCUCAUGAAACAAACCUUCGGUACUUAAAUAGUGCUGUGUCUGCCUACUUAGAACAUCAGAAGACAAGUAGAAUUGAUCACAGAACACCUGGAACUCAUGGUCCUGAAGGAAUUCUUCAAGACCUCUGUAAAAGAAGGAAACUCCAAGUAAAUGCAGAACUGGAGAGCUUAAAAUCUGAGCCCUGUGAAUCUAAUCGAACAGAUAUCAAAAUGAAAAGCUUGGGGGGAAAUCCCUUUGGACAGAGUCUCUUUCAGGUUUUGCCACAGUCCCAGGAAACAAACCCCACAGGAACAGCUGAACAUGACUGUAAAGACCCUCUCCGUGAAAAUGACGGACACUGUGCAGGGAAGAUGUCUGUAACGGCCAAGGAUUCUGCACCAUUUGUGGAUCAGGAAGAUCCCAGCUGUUGUGCCAGUGCCCCACAAACUGUCAUUUGUACAAAUGAUUUGCUAGAUUGUGUGCUAAAUCCACAAGUCAUCAGUUUAAUGGCUCAUCUCUUGAUGGAGAGAGCGAGUGUUUAACAUCUGUGUACUUGCCUUUUUAAAAAAUAUCUACUGACAAAUGUGUUCUAGAGGUUUUUCAGCUCCUAUACUAAAAGAUCAUAAAUGCACUGGUUUAGAAAGUUCAGUUGUGAGUUUCCAAACAGUACAGCAGUCAGGUGUGUCAGGGCUUUUGAGGGCAGAUGAACGUUGUAUAGCAUUCAUAAUACGUAGCAUUUUCCCUUAGAACUUAUUGGACUUCACAUAUAUUAUCUCAGUAAUUCUUACCUCUGAGGAUGGUCAGUAUUAUUAUCUACAUAGGACAGGUGCGGGGGCUGAACUAGAGGGAAGGAAUAGUACACUUAAGGAGACCAACCCAUUGAGGUUAUGCUGACUUAAGAUCUCAUAGCUCAUGCAGCUCUUAACCAUUAUGCUACACUAACACUAUAACUCAGUCUGUCCCCACCUGGUGCCCUCCAGAUGUUUUGGACUACAAUU